GCCAAGUGUUCAAAACCCUCUGCACAAGUUCAGAUGGAGUGAAGGCUCGCAUUUCCAUCACUCACCUCUCUGCAACACUUCGCAUUCAAUACGAUUCCUACCAUUACACUGCCCACUGCUUCUGCAACACAAAGACAAACCACAUUCAAAUCCCCUACCAUUAAAUACCUCCUUUCUUUAUCAAUGGAGCACCAGCAACCCCACAUGACCUCCUUCAUUACCCACCUCUUUCUCCCCAUUUUUAAAUCAUCAUGGCAUGGCUGUGAUUUAACAUCCAUUCCCCUUUCCCUAUCCUCUCAAAUCUUUUCUGAAAUUUUUGCGUUUUCGUUCCAUUAUAAAUGGGGUUUCUUCUUCUAAUCAACAUUUACUCCAUGAAUUGACAAGUUUAUUGAAGUGGGUGUGUGAAGAGCAUACGAUCAUCUUCGAUUUGGGUUUAAAAUUUUAGGGUUUGAUUUGAUUUCAUCAGGAAAUAUAAGAACAGGGUGUCCCUUUUUCUGACAUCAUGAAAGGUUCUGGAUUGUGGAUUUUGUUCUUGGUGUUUGGAACAGCGUUGCUUUUCGUCUUCUUGUCCGAAAUUCCUGGCGGUGAUCUUCCCGAGCAUAAGAAAAUCAUGGAUUUAACAAAGCCAGGCAGGAAACUUAAGGAGGAUAAUAUUCAUGAUGAAAGUGGUGAUGGAAACGUAGAUAUUUACGAUUACGUCCCUAAUGAUCCGGUUCCAAGUUCAAAAGCCACAGCAUUAAGGCCUGGCCCAAUCGAACAUGGCACUCCUCUUAUGCCUUACAUCCCAAAGCCUGAACCUCCCGGACCAAAUGACCCAAAGUAUGUUGGGUAUCCUUAACCAAUGCCACAAGUCCUUUGAUAAUUUUAGGGUUGUAAUAAGUCGUUAGUUUGUGUAUAAUUGGAACCCUAGUGGGCAAUAUCAUUUUGUACUUGUUCUACCCUUGAUUUGCCCCGAGUUCCAAUUCUUAUGUGUUAAUGUAGAUUAACCGUUUGUUUUUUUUUAAAUGUCAACUUAUGAGCUUUGUGUUUGAAUAAGUGGUUGAAGUGGUC